ACACGAACGGCAAAACUUUUCCUAAAACAACUAACAGCGUAGGUGCAAACAAAAAUUUGCGGUGAAAACAUUUGGAAAAAAUAGGACUAAUUCUGCACGAAACUUUAUGAAAACCACUGAAAUGGUUGCUCAAAAAACGGCCAAAGCCACUGAGCAUCUGGAUAAAGAUGCUGAGAACGUUUCUGGACGGCAAUCUGCGAAAGCCGUACCCGUAAGUAGCAACGCUAGCAACAAUAUUGUUCCUGGUUCGACGGCGGAGCUUACAAAGAACGACGAGGGAGAGGAAAAGCUAGUUAUCGGUGCCGAGUAUAUGGUACAACGGCAAGACGGCUCAUGGCACCAGGCACAACUUAUCCAAAGUCGACAGAAUUCUUGUGAUCCUAAGCAGUACGAGUAUUACAUCCACUACGAAGGUUUAAACCGACGUCUGGACCAGUGGGUUUCCAAAGAUCGCAUUUCCCUCACACCAACUGGUGGCGGUGACAAAAAACCAUCAGGUCCUGGUGGAACCCCACUUGCUCAGGAUCACAAUGGCAAAAGUCCACUGACUGGACUGUCCGGCAAUGCAAAAGAUUCGCCCAAAGUCGGUAAACCCACAGGUGAGGUCGAUAUGACUGAUGGUGACCCGGAUAGAAAAAUUACCCGCAACCAGAAGAGACGCCACGAUGAGAUUAACCAUGUCCAAAAAACGUAUGCAGAGAUGGAUCCGACUACGGCCGCUCUGGAGAAAGAACAUGAAGCUAUCACUAAGGUUAAAUAUAUUGAUAAGCUGCGUUUUGGGAAAUACGAGAUCGAUACAUGGUAUUUUUCUCCGUAUCCGGAGGAGUACGGGAAAGUUGGAACGUUGUACGUAUGUGAGUAUUGCCUACGAUAUAUGCGUCUUGCUAAAACGCUGCAGCAUCAUAAGACAACUUGUAACAGACGUCAACCGCCAGGAAAUGAAAUUUAUCGAAAAGGCACUGUGUCCAUUUUUGAAAUCGAUGGCAAAGAUCAUCGCUUCUACUGUCAGACGCUUUGCUUAAUGGCCAAACUGUUUUUGGACCAUAAGACACUUUACUACGACGUCGACCCGUUCUUCUUCUAUGUCUUAUGCGAAAUCGACAAGGAUGGUCAGCAUAUUGUUGGAUAUUUUUCAAAAGAAAAAGAAUCCCCAGAAGGUAACAAUGUUGCGUGCAUUUUAAUUCUACCUCCGUAUCAGCGCAAAGGCUACGGAAAGCUGCUUAUUGCCUUUAGCUACGAGUUGUCUCGUAGAGAGGGCAUUGUUGGAAGCCCAGAAAAGCCCCUAUCGGACUUGGGACGACUGAGCUAUCGUAGCUAUUGGGCUUACACACUUUUAGAAUUGAUGAAAGAAUACCGCACGACAACCAUCAAAGAGUUGAGCGAAUUAUCUGGCAUUACUCAGGACGACAUAAUCUACACACUGCAGUCGAUGAAAAUGGUCAAAUAUUGGAAGGGGCAGCAUGUGAUCUGCGUUACUGCCAAGGCAGUUCAAGAACAUCUUCAGUUGCCGCAGUUCAAGAAACCGAAGCUGAUGAUCGACUCCGCCUAUCUCAAGUGGAUUCCACAGAAGCGCACCAUUCCAGUGAAACAGAUCAAGAAAGCUUGAGUUAAGAGUAAGGCAGCAUAAUUGAGUACGUAUUAUCCUCUUUAUUUUUUAUUCCUAUAAGCAAAUGCUGUUCGAAUGUUCGUCUAUUUUUAUUUGAAGGUAAAUUGACUAUCUAGACAUGAUAA